AUGGUUUUAUGUGUUAUACGAUAUACAGCAGUGUUAUUUCAUAAGGAAAUACGAAUUAAUAGGAGUUCAGUAUUGCUCAUAGCACAUCCAGAUGAUGAAUCGAUGUUCUUUACGCCAUUUUUGAGUCACCAUAAGCCAGUUAUUCUGUGUUUAUCAGGUAAAAAGAGAACAGGAAUUGAGGAGUCUGUGUAA